CGUGGUCAAGUGCUGGAGGUCAAGCAUGGAGGUGACCACAAAGAUAGAUUCACUGCACCAAUGCGUGCUCGCAACUUACGCAUCCGGCUCUAUGGUCAGGAGGAGCUCCGUCAUUAUUGUACCAAGUGCACUGUUCUCUAUAACAAUGAAGAUGGCACCCUUGACAGAAAUUUUUCCAUUGUCAUUAUGGAUGGGAUAACCGUAGGCCAUCCAUGUUGCGGCAUUCACAAUUGCCAUGAACCCCUUUCCAAUAAUUGCAAUAGAUUCUGUCCUGACCAUCUUAUGACGCACCUCCGUAUCUGCACAAUAGUGGACUGUGAGUGCAGUGUCAUACUGUCGACUAGGACAUGUGAUGACCCCACACACCAGGCCAUUGAGAAAGUAUACACCUAA